UGGGCUCACCGAAGCACAUUUUUCUGUCUUUCCUCGUUAUUUUGCAUUUUACGGAGCUCAUCUUGUGUGUUCAAGUGUUCAACUAUACUUCGUGCAAACGACAAGCCUUUAGCUCCGAUUCUUUCGUUUGUGUUUGUACGGAAAGCUAUUGCGAUGGCUUUAAUAACAUGGAGUCCAAGCCUUUGGCAAAUAAUAAUUUUGCAGUUUAUACUUCGUCCAAAGACGGCGCGAGAUUUGAGUUGAACAUUGACGAGAUCUCGCCACAUUCAAGCGAGAGUGUUUUGUUGUUGCAUGUCGACGAAACUCAAAAAUACCAAGAGAUUAUUGGUUUUGGUGGAGCUUUUACAGGUAUAUUGUAUUUAUAUGUCACUAUUAAAAACUGCAAAUAACUAAAGCUAUAAUUUGCUGAAUUUGAAGGCUAUAUAAUACUGUAAUGGUUCUAUGGUGCUGUGUAUUAUUAUGCCACUGUUGGUCUAUGGUACCUUGGUAUAAACUCGAACACCGAGCAGUCUUCAUGUAUUUUGGAAAUUUUUCACGCAGUUGAAUUCCUCGAUCUUAAUCUGCCGCUUCAUAUAUAUGGUACUUUGGUGCUUCAGUGCUGAUACAGUCUAUGGUUCUGUAAGCUUUUGUGACUGUUUAGCACCAUGGUACUACAGUACUUAAGGCCCAUGCAGUCUAGGCAGCAAAUUGUCAUGUGCCCGAACCUAAUACAACGAUUAAGUAAGAUAAAAGAGAGCAGCGUCUAAAUUUUGUUUGGCAAGUUUUGAUUAGGUUCGACAGAGCACAAAAUAUGGCAAGUCAUGUCAUAUUAAUAUGUGACACAGGUUUGACACUGUGCUUGUCAUGCGCCAAACCAGAUAUAGUGUACUUGUACUGUAUUUUGGCAUUGUAAAAUUAAGUCCGAUGGUUAAAUUAGUUGCUGAACUUGUGCCAUAAUUGAUUUGAUUCUUCUAAACCGGGCUUGAUGGUUUAGUAGUUAUUUUUCUGUGAUUCAAUCUAUGGUAAAUUAAAUUUGCGUUCAUGGAUAGAUGCUGCCACAAUGAUCAUUAGAAAUCUAAGCAAUGUCCUUCAAGAUCACUUAAUCAAUUCUUACUACUCUCCCGAUGGCAUCGAAUAUAAUAUCGGCCGAAUACCUAUGGCGAGUUGCGAUUUCUCUACCAGAAUAUACACCUAUGAUGAUGUUUCUGGAGAUUUCAACCUCACCCAUUUUAAUCUGGUCUCCGAGGAUUUAAAUUUCAAAAUUCCUGUGAUUAAAACUGCACUUACUCGAAGUAAAAGAGAGAUCAAAUUGUUCGGCAGUCCAUGGUCAGCUCCGGCCUUGAUGAAAAACAGUAACAAUACUGUAGGAGGACAGCUGAUUGGGGUGGCUGGUGAUAAAUAUCAUAAAACAUGGGCCGAGUACUUCGUCAAGUUCCUUGAUGCUUAUAAAAAGAAUGGGAUUAAAUUGUGGGGAGUUACUGUGGAGAAUGAGCCCAGUGCUGGUUAUGUGCCGGGGUAAGUGCUAAAAUUGUUGCAGGGGGAGUAGGGGAAUUUUGCUACACUGGGUAAUUUUUGUUUGUGUUUCAGACAAUGUUGCCUUUCCUCAUUGUGUUGCAGUAUGUACUGGUACUGUAAAGCAUGCACAAAGUCUUUUGUGUUUUCAGGCAAAUACAAUUACAACCAGACUCCUUUAGUUGAUCUUGGAGGCAUCCUAGUAUUUAAGAUGCCUUGAUCAGUAUCAGAAUGACUUAAAUGUUGUUUUGACAAAGGCAUAACCCGGCUGGAUCUAUAGUUCAACGGAAUCAACCGCAUUUCUGACAUUUUUACAAACGAAGGAUACAGUGGAUAGUGCUGGGAGUCUUUGUGGUUAGCGACAUCUCAUCUUUUCUCCUCAAUUAGGAAUACGAAUUAUUGUACAUUACCUCUGAGUCUGUGCAUGUGAUGCAGAGUUGAAUAGAAUUGUAGAAAUGCUUUUUUAUUUUCAGCUAUAAAUUCCAGUGCAUGGGUUUCACGGGUUCAACGGAGAGAGAUUUUGUGAAGAGUGAUCUGGGACCAGCCUUAGUACAAGCUGGACAUAGUGAUGUGAAGUUAAUGAUAUUUGAUGAUAAUAGACUAACCUUGCCUGCGUUUACUGACAAAGUUCUGAGUGAUAAAGACACCGCAAAGUAUGUGUCUGGUGUUGGUGUGCAUUGGUAUGAAGAUUUCUUUCUGCCAGCGUCUUUUCUGAGUGAUCUGCAUGACAAGUAAGUUGAACUGCAUUCAAUUAAAUUUGUUUUUGUCAUUUUACAUGACAUAAAAAAAGAACAACAAUGCAGUAUGUGUUUGCAACAGGCUUGUGUA